GGAGCAGUAAAUCACCGAAUCAAUGCAGAACCAACAUGGAUACUCUGUAGAUAACAAUACGGAGUAACACUUUUUUCUCUACAGAGUCCAUCGCACCAAUUUCCCAAGGCCAACUGGAACCCAAGUGGUUUCUUCGAAUCAGGUUACCCUUUUGCCGGAAAGAAUCAACCAUUCGACGAGGGAUACAACGGGCACAAAUAGUGACUUUGUCAUAAACGUACAUCACAUCAUAUCGUAUCGUAUCAAUGAACGGACUACAUCCACGACAAUGUCGACACCCGCAACCGGGCCACACUCCAUCUCCAGAAUGUCUGGGAGCCAUCGCAAACGCCGAAUUGGAUCUACACUAUCUCGCCGAGGGUGCCGCCAACGUCAUCUACAGCGUGUCGGUGCUGCCGUCUCCUUCUUCGGCCCUCCAGGAGCAUUCACACUGCUGCGUGAUGCGUUUGAGGAAAGACGUCCCCUCCACGAAACCAAUCGUCCAAGUCGUUUCGGAUUUCAAGAAUCGAACAUCACCUCUUUUCCGUCAUGUCGACACCGACACCGACACCGACGACACCGAAAACGCCUCUUCACUUCUUCUGACCCAAAAAUUGUACAAACUCACACCUUCCAUGGUUGAGAGCUUGAACGUGGAGCUUCACGAGAUGGAAGAAGAUACUCUUCCCGGCUCGUCGUUUCCAGAUACAAGGACAGAUAGGAGGCUUCCACCGCGGCCACAUCACAGACGCAACAAAUACCUCCCCUCGUACGAACAAGAACAGUACGGGGUACUGAUGCAGAACCUUCAAGGGCCGGGUGUAGAUUGGCUGAUCGAAUUCAAACCGAAAUGGCUCGUGCAGAGUCCCAGUGCACCCGGAAAUGCAAAGACUUGUCGAACAUGUGCUCUGAACGCCAUGAGACGAAGCAGCAACGAAUCCCAUCAAGGCCGUGGCGAUUCUGGGUUUUGUCCCUUGGAUCUAUUGGAGCAAGGUGGCGAUGAACUGGAUCGUGCACUAACCAAAAUCUGGCCCUCGGACUUGGAUCAGGACGGACUACCCGGGUUUGUUGCGCAGUUCAAAGAAAGAGUCCAGCCUGCCUUGUAUCAUCUUCGACGGCUGCAACGGGAACAUGGGGCCGUAGGGAUUGAUGAUUUUCGGAAGCGAUCCGUCGCCGAGGCAGAGACUGAAAAUCUUGGAGUGGCAAUGGCGUUGAGAGAUUGUAGUUGUUUCGUCGCGUUGAAAAAACGCCGUGUCGGCCACGAUAUUGGUGGUGAUGAUGAUGGUGUUGAUAUCAUCGACGUCAAGUUUGCAGAUCUUGAUUUGAAAACCACAAAAGGUGGAAAACUUGAGAAAUGGGCGGCCAUGGAACAAGAUCUUCUCGACGGAGGGUGGUAUACUCGUUCGGAUUUGGGAUGUUUGUUGUCUCGUAGUCACAAGUCAUGA